CAGUAGUGAAACGUCUGUCUACAGUACCUGUCAAAUCGUGCAUUUGCUGAUAAUGGCAGAAGAAAUAACAAACGCUGCACUUAAAGAGAAGAUUUCUCAGUGGAUGUCAUGGAGUAAGAAUGAGAAAGACAAUGCUGAAAUAGAUGGACUUGUAAAGAGUAGAAAUGAAAAAGAACUUGGAUGUCGUCUACUGCAACGUAUGGAGUUCGGAACGGCAGGGCUACGAGCAAGGAUGGGAGCUGGUUACAAUAUGAUGAAUGAUUUAACUGUGAUACAGGCUACCCAGGGUCUUUUUAAGCAGACAUUGUCAAGCUUUCCUGAGGCAAAAGAAAUGGGUGUUUGUGUUGGGUUUGAUGGAAGAUAUAACAGUAAGAGAUUUGCUCAACUGACAGCUACAAUAUUCCUACAUCAAAAUGUUUACAAUAUUUGUUGUUGUUUUUUUUUCCAGGCAUACUGUACGAGACAUUAUAAAUGUGCAUGUGGUGUUAUGGUAACUGCCUCACAUAAUCCUAAAGAAGAUAAUGGUUAUAAGGUAUAUUGGUCAAAUGGAGCACAAAUAGUGUCCCCAGUUGAUAAGCACAUAUCUAAAUGUAUAAUUGAGAAUCUCGAGCCAUGGCCAAACUCGUGGGAUGUCGACUUUACAGACACCAGUCCUCUGAGAAUAGAUCCGUAUGAUGAUAUACACACCAAAUAUCAGGAAGAUGUGAAAAAACUUUGCUAUUACAAGGCAGAGAAUGGUCAGUCCAAUGUAAAGUUUACAUACACAGCCAUGCACGGAGUCGGGUAUAUUUUCUCGGAUAAGUCCGUGCAACAGUUUGGAUUUCCUCCACUGAUUCCAGUGCAAGAACAGAUACUACCAGAUCCUGACUUCCCAACAGUAAAAUACCCCAAUCCAGAAGAAGGAAAAGGGGCCCUGGUGUUAUCUAUGAAAACUGCUGACAAUGCUGGUAGUAAAGUUAUACUUGCAAACGACCCUGAUGCUGAUCGACUAGCUCUAGCAGAAAAUGAUGGUGAGGAGUGGACAAUAUUUACAGGGAAUGAGAUAGGAGCUCUGUUAGGCUGGUGGUCUUGGUUUGCUUUCAGACAAAAACAUCCCAAUGUCCCUGCACAAGAUUGUUACAUGUUGGCCAGCACUGUGUCCUCUAAAAUUUUGCAGACAAUGGCUAAAACAGAAGGCUUCAAUUUUGAGGAAACUUUGACUGGUUUUAAAUGGAUGGGUAACAGAAGUGAUUCCUUGUUGAAAGAAGGGAAAACAGUUCUGUUUGCGUUCGAGGAGGCGAUUGGUUACAUGUGUGGAUCAACGGUGUUGGAUAAAGAUGGCGUGUCAGCCGCAGCAGUCAGUGCAGAGAUGGCAGCAUACCUGUACAGAAACAACAGUACAUUGAAGAAAAAACUCACAGACAUUUAUAAGCAUUAUGGACACCAUAUCUCAAGUAAUUCCUACUACAUCUGUCAUGAUCCAGAAACUAUUAAAAGAAUGUUUGAUGAGAUUAGAAACUACAACAAUACUGGCAAGUACCCAGACAGCUGCGGAUGUUAUAAAAUCAAGCAUGUUAGAGAUCUUACCGUAGGCUUUGAUAACAGUCAACCAGAUAACAAACCUAUGUUGCCGGUCAGUGCAUCUAGUCAGAUGAUUACUUUCACGUUUGAGAAUGGUUGUGUAGCAACAAUAAGAACCAGCGGUACAGAACCUAAAAUCAAGUACUACACCGAACACAAACCAGAUCCUAGUCACGGACUGGAUGGGGAAGCUGCACAAAAAGAACUGGAUGAUAUGGUGAAUUGUAUUAUCAAAUAUUUCUACAAACCUGAGGACAACAAUCUCACAGCUAGAUCAUCAUAAAGUACAUGUAGUCUUGAAUAUUGUUCUUUAUCCUUUACAAUGUUAAUGUUUAAUAAUGACUUGUAUAUUGUAUAUUCUAUCAGUGUUAAAGCAGGCCAGCCUGUUGGGGGGGGGGGGGGGGUAAAACCUUUUAAAGUUGUUGAGUGAUCAAUUUUAGCUUUGUGUUUUUGUUUUGUUUUGUUUUUUUCAUACCCCCAAAACGAAGUUUGGGGGGUGGGUAUAUAGGAGUCACUCUGUGGUCGGUUGGUUGGUCGGUCGGUCCAGACAUCUGUUGCAUUUUCCUUGUCCGGAGCAUAACUUUAAGACUAAUGGUUGGAAUUCUAAACAACUUCAUACAUUGAUCAAGCACAUUAAGAGGAAGUGCAGUGCAAGAGCUAGAGCUUAGAUAUUUGGCAUGAAACAUCUUCUAGUGAGUGUCUACCAAGAUUGUUCAAAUAAAAGCCCUGGGGUCAAAAUUGGCCCCAUCCCAGGGGGUCAUUGAUUUUCCCUAUAUGUAUAUAGUAAAAACUUAAAAAAAUCUUCUUUUAAAGAACUCAAAGAGCUAGAGCUAAGAUAUUUAGCAUGAAACAUGUUCUAAUGGGUGUCUACCAAGUUUGUUCAAAUAAAAGCCCUGGGGUCAAAAUUGGCUCCGCCCCAGGGGGUCAUUGAUUUUCCCUAUAUGUAUAUAGUAAAAACUUAAAAAAUCUUCUUUUAAAGAACUCAAAGAGCUAGAGCUAAGAUAUUUAGCAUGAAACAUGUUCUAAUGGAUGUCUACCAAGUUUGUUCAAAUAAAAGCCCAGGGGUCAAAAUUGGCCCCGCCUCAGGGGGUCAUUGAUUUUCUCUAUAUGUAUAUAGUGAAAACUU